AGAGGGAGAUUCUUCAUGUGGUUGCCGCUGUAGGUCUCAUACUUCUUCACACGCUGCUUUUGGAGGCAAGCAUGACAGACAAAAAGUUAAUUUUUGCAGUUUUAUUUUCUACCUAUGUCAUCACAUUGGAAUGUAAGUUACCCCUUGUCGGUUUUGGGAAAAAACAUGACCUCCGCAAGUUUUUGAACACGCAUCUACCCAUAUGGACUUACAGUACAACCAUAGGGAGCAACGAAUAUUGUGAUGUGGACAUAACGCAGCAGAUGUCCAAAAAGGAAAUAUCCUUCAGUCAUUCCAGCUACAUCAUGUUCCAUGGAAAACAGAAAAAGUUCUAUACCAUAAUGGAGGGAGAUAUUGCAAAAGCUGAUACCAUGUACGUUCAUGAAAAAGGUCGACCAACGGUUGAAUAUGAGCACAUAAUGUGGUUUUUCGAUGAAACCCACAAAUGUGCCGUGAUUCGAGUCUUGCCAACGUCCAGCUUUUCCGGCCGUAGUAGUAUCGACCUGCGAGUCUGGAACUCUUCCAUUCACAUCGGCCCAUCCCAAAAAUGUGUAAAGUACUACAAGAGUGUGGAAAGUCACGGGCAUAUCAUUUACAAACACCAUUGCCAGAAAAUAAUUGCGAACCUGAAUCCAACUUCGCAGAUGAAGCAGCAGCUGCAAGGAAAGUUUCUAAGCACUAAGGAUAAUAUAUGGACAUACAGUACGUCGGCAAUGGAACAUGCAAGGUGUAAAGUCGACCAUAUGAAGAGUAUCUCAAACAAAAGCAUUUUCUUCACACGAUCAAUUUAUGAUGACAAAAAAAGGCAUUGGACUGUUACGAAGCUGGAGGGCCUGUUUAGAAAACAAGAAAAACACGUGAUGCAGACCUUCAGCCGAGAUUUGUUCAUUGCCAAGGAGACAAUGCUUUAUAUGAGUGAAACGUAUCGGUGCGCAGUGAUUUUGGUUGCGCCAUCACUACACGGUGCUUAAUAGUUAUGCAUUGAUUCUUUCCGAAUUCCUAUUUCACUUGCAAAUGCUUUCAGAGAGACUUUUCUCACUAAAAGUCUUAUGUGUCAGGAGCAUCUAUUUGCUGAAAGUUUACUUCCUUUCUAUUUAGCGAUGUAUGUAGGAAUUUAUGGCACAUAAUUAUAUUAUAAUUAUAAUUAUGGCGCAUAAUUAUAGCCAACAAACACUGACGCCAAGGACAACACAGGGGAAAUUACUUGUGCCUAAUAAAUGAAAUAAGGGAACGAUA